UAUUGGCAGAUAAAAUAUGGGUGGUAUGCAGAAAUUACAUCAAAAUAUUGUACGCCUUUGAUUACAUGUGUGAGUACUACAUACCAACCAGAACAGGAUUCGACAAAUACCACAUGGAGAAACACUACAAAUCAUAUGGAAAAUGGGAAGAGGAAACGCUGAGAGGUUAUAUAUACCCGAAAAAAAAUAAGACAAGAGGACCUAGACUGAAACUGUGGUCAACGUAUGAAGUUGAUAACUACCAGAUGAUUUAUUGGGACCACUAUGAAGGCUGCGCCAUUAUGCAACGAGGGAAAGGAAAGUGCGAGAUGUUCGUGCGUGACAAAAAUAUUGAUUAUUCACAAACGACUUGUUAUUUGAAAGUAGCGAAGCUGUGUGGUGACUACUGCAGGGAUAAGAUCUACGCGGAUUCCUGCAAGCGAUCCGGAAAAAAGAAGAAUCCGUGGGAUUGGAACUGGGGUCACAUCACUAGCACAUAUAUCAGGUAACUGUGGUAUGUUAAAACACUUAA